AUGUCGGGCAAUCCUAGUCAGAUUCCUACCACAUCUAUGAAAGCGGUGAACAUUCCGAGUCAGCCAGCCUCUGCGACAUUAACUCCAUCGUCAUUCGAUAGCGGCUCUCCGCGGUCUCAGCGGCGCCCGGGAGGCUCUGGCAGCUUUGGAGCUGGGUUGACAUCUCAGGCUAGAAACUCAGGCUCUCCUAGGCACAAUCAAGCUCUCAGGAGUCAGCAUAAACGACAGAGGCGUCCUCGAUUGCUAGAUGAUGAGGAUUAUAGCGAAUCGCAGAAGUGCGAACAAUGUGGCUGGAGUCACUCACUAGGACUAUCGCUAUUGCUUUGCUAUCCUUGUUUACUGACUCGUCCGUCUCCCCAGGCCAUCAUGAGAUCCACGACCAGUCGCAAGGGACAGACGUCCAUCACUCAUCUGAUGAACUUCUCCCUUCCCCCUCGUCCUCAGUACCAUCCUCCACCCCGUAAUACUCGCCGCUAUACGUCCUGGGGUCCAGGUUCCGGCUACCAUGCCAUGGACAAAUCCCGCUACGUUCAUGCCAACUAUCGCUUUAUUGUGACGCCAAAUCGCAACUACCAUGCACAAGCGGCCAAUGCUGAUGUCCAUCUUGACUGGGAUUCAGUGAUGCAGGUCUUGGUAUCAGAGCAGACACAGUCAGCUAGCUGCCCCAUCUGUUUGUCCACACCGGUAGCGCCACGCAUGGCUCGUUGUGGUCAUAUAUUCUGCCUUCCUUGUUUGAUUCGCUACAUGCAUUCGACUGACGAGGAAAAACCGGUUCCUGAGAAGAAGCCACGAUGGAAAAAGUGCCCCAUCUGUUGGGACUCUGUGUACAUUUCGGAAACUCGGCCUGUGCGAUGGUUUCGUGGCCAAGAAGGGGACCUCCCAUUCGAGGGGGGUGAUGUCGUGCUAAGGCUAGUGAAAAGAGAGCCCGGAAGCACGUUAGCACUCCCACGGGAUGGAGCUGAGGGAAUAGCACCAGAUGAGGAUGUUCCGUGGUAUCAUGCUGCAGAAGUGGCUGAUUACGCGCGCAUAAUGAAAGGAGGUGAAGAUUAUAUGAAAGAACAAUACGACAUUGAGAUUGAUGAGCUCCGCAGGCAGGAGCUUGAGGAUGAGCUUUUAUUUGGAGAUGAUACUACUUGGACACGGAAGGCGGUUGCAGCAAUUGCAGAUGCCAAAUCCAAGGUAGAGGCCGAAGCUUUGGGCCAGGUUGACCUGAAUACAACCUCUGCCCCGAAAAAGAAAAAGAGAGAUCCUGGACACGGCCGAAAUAAUAUGCCCUCAAAGCGAGGUCCUACUACAUCUGACCAUGCGUUCUUCUUCUACCAAGCUCUACCCCAAUUCUACCUUUCGCCCUUGGACAUCCGCAUCUUGAAAGCUGCAUUUGGCGAUUACUCUUCAUUCCCGGCCACCAUUCUCCCUAGGGUUGAGCGUAUUUCGAGCGGUCAUAUUGUGGACGACGAGCUACGCAAACGAGUCAAGUAUCUCAGCCACCUGCCGCAAGGUUGUGAGGUGAACUUUCUCGAGUGUGACUGGAGAGACGUAGUUGUGCCGGAGGUGCUAGAAAAUUUCAAGUCGGAAACUGAAAAGAGACGGAAGCGCAAUAAGGAGAAAGAGGUGCGAGAAGAGAAGGAUCGCAUCCGAGCGGAGAAAGAAGAGGAUGAAAAGCGCUGGGCAGCGGCGCGCCGGAAGAGGCCUAGCAUUGGCCCCGUCGAUGAACCUCCCUUCUCCGACCGCGAUUUUCAGCCGUUAUCGGGCUCUGCUGGCGAGCCUUCUGGCUUCGAUAUAGGCUCUUCCUCUGCAUCCCCUCCGCCCUCCUCGAGUCCCCCCGGAUCUCGUACGGUGUGGGGAACAGUUGCCGCUCCGACACUUUCGGCUCCGUCGAGCUCACAAGCCCCUGCCGAUGGUUGGCUGCAGGGCUGGGAGGAGGAGCUGUGGGCCCAGCAAGAAAGGGAGCUCUUGGCUCAAUCUGCUGCUGAGGCGAACACUCCAGCUUCUUCCUCUGGCGGGAAAAAGAAGAAGAAUAAGAAAAUUACACUCAUGUCGACCAAUAUCCAAAGAGGGGCAUAG